UGCAGGUGAGCAGUUCAGCUGUUUCCUCCUCCUCUCUCUCUCCUCUCUCUCUCUGUCCGGGUGGAUCUGUAGCGGACUCUGUCGGGACUCACGGUCUGUCCUGCAUCUGGUCCGUGGUGGAUAAGAAGGCAGAUGAUCUGAUGAUGUGAACAAGCAGCAGUGUGGGCGUAAAGUUCGCUAUCAGAAGCUUGUAAACCUGACAUGUGUACACCCAGUGAGACAGUAACCUGAGAUCCGGCCCUGAGGGGAGCACCAGGAUGCGUGCCAUCGCCUCGCAGCUUUUAGGCAAGACCGGCGUCGGAGGCGGCCGUUGGAGCCCCGCUGCUGCAGCCUUGCUGCUCGCCCUGUGUCUUGGCUUCCCUCCCUCUGUGGCCACUUGCCCACCGUGCUGCCUUUGUGCCAGUGAUAUAAUUUCCUGCAGCGGGUGCAAUCUGUCCGCGCUGCCCUCUGAUCUCCCGAGCUAUGCCACGCGGUUGGACCUGAGCCACAAUGCCCUCGCUGUCCUGCCCGUGGACUGGAUCGCCCAACCGUUUGAGAGGCUCACCACGCUGGUUCUCGGCCGUAACUCCAUAACCCGAAUUGAGGUGAACGCCUUCGCCGUGACGCCGCAUCUCCUCCAGCUGGACCUCUCUUCCAACCGACUAACGGCGCUGAACUCGUCCGUCUUCGCGGGGUUGAAGGAACUGAAAGAGCUGCUGCUGUUUGGCAACCAGAUCGUCCAGAUUAACCCGGGGGCCUUCAACGAUCUUCACAGCCUGCAGAGGAUCUACCUUUCUGGGAACAGGCUGACGGUUCUCCCCCUCGGGCUUUAUUGGGAACCCGGAGGGCCUCGUAAUCUGACCUUUCUCGAUCUGUCAUACAACAGGCUCUCUGAGGUGCCUGUCCAGAUCCUGCUGUCUCUCUCCCGACAAGGUGGAAUUUAUUUGCAGGAAAACCCUUUGGGCUGUGACUGCGCUUUACUUGCCUUGCUGGAGUACUGGAUGUGGAAACAAUAUCGCCCCUUGGUGGACUUCAGAGGUGAAUACCCAUGUAGAGGCGAUUCAGGACAAGUGUCUGAAUGUGGCCACCAGGUAGUUUCAGGUAUGCCCCUUGAGGCACAGACUUACCAAGUAGAGCCUGGUCAAUGGCUAAGCGUGCCAUGUCCAGGGUUGGCCUCUCCAGCUCAGGAGGGGCUUGGGGUGUUCUGGGUUACCCCAAAGACUGUGGUGAAUUCAUCAACCAAUGAUCCGAGUGCCCACAUAAUAGUUUUCCCCAAUGGCACCCUUGUAAUCCGGGGAGCCCUGAUGGAGGAUUCUGGUAUGUAUGGGUGCGUGGCACCCCGUGGACGCCGCUAUGACCCCAAAGAGUCUCCGGAGGUCAAUUUGGUGGUCGGAAACUUAAGCACCGCCCCCGCCAGCGGCUUGGCACACGGCGGCAGCGGUGCCGAGCAUUUCAACACGGCGUUCACCACCCUGGCUUCCUGCGUGGUCAGCAUCAUACUGGUGCUGCUCUACCUCUACCUCACCCCCUGCCGAUGCCGGGAUAAGCGGGGCGGGGGAUCGCGAGGGUGCGGCGGACGAGCCUUCGUCCUCUGUUCGGACCCCAGAGAGGUAGAGUCAGGACAGCGGCGGUCAAACGGAAAGAGGGUGGCUUUCUUAGAGCCUCAGGCGGAGGACUCUGAAAUUGGUGGUCCAAAAACGCCAGGGAUGAAUUUGGGUCAAAUCACCACUGAGGGAAUUCUCAAAAAUGGAAGUAGGACAGUGGGACAGACCCUCACAGACUCUGCUCACAUGGCAUAGCACGGACAAAUGACCUUUUGCACAUUCUCGUAUCCGUACAGUCUGAACCCAUGUGUUUUGUUUUCACUGUCUCGUUUCAGUACACGAUGAGAAAAUCCAUUUGAUGUGAAGUAGUGUACUGUGAUUUCUCGUGAAGUAGUUAUGCACUGUAGGGUUUGGGUGUUUGGUCUGAAGCAGAAUAUGCAGUCCUUUUGUAGGCAACAUUUCAAUUAUGUCUCGACUAAGUGGUUUCUGUUUUUUACAUUAAGAGUUCAUAUGGAAAUAUCACCGUUACCGCGGGAAAUUGUUAUUGCAAAGAUCACAAAGAUUACAUAAACGUGGGCUGUGUUUUAAAUUGGGCUGAGUGGAAUGUUCACACCUGAUUUGAUAAGCUGCUCGAGGCAUCGGUGAUCAUUACUCAGUAUGUGCUUUGUGAAUGCUGCCACCACGGUGACCCUUGUUAUUUUUAAACACCUGUCUCGUACUGUGGUUCAUUUUCACAACAUGCCGCUAAUAUGUGUGAAAUUAUGUGAACUUUGAUGUUUUGCAGCGCACACUGUUUCUGCUACACACACCCUCUUUGAGUUACAUAAAUCAAAUUUAACCCUGUGAAAGUUCAUUUAUCAAAAGCAAAGAAACACUACAA